UUAAGCCGUGGCGGUAUUUGUAAACAGCCACUCGUUCGGCAGUUUCAGAAGGGACUAGAGAGAAAAAAAGAAAUCUCAAAGGUCUUUCUUAAACAACAAAUUAGCAAAAUGAACCAAAAAGAAUUAAAUCAAGUUCAAAGCGAACUACAAAAAGGGGCUGCUGGCCUAGCAACAGAAACAGCAAAAAUACAACACGAUUAUAUUUUCGUUAAGGAAGAAAAUCAGUUUGUUCAUAUUACAAAUUGCCGAACUUGCGAAGAUAAAAAAGAACAAAAAAAAGCCGAAACUAACGAAGCGGCUGAUUCAAAAAAGCCUUACAAAUUAGGCUGA